UCAACGAGGAACACUCAGUCUAGCAUUCUCGCACCGAAGCGGAUUUAAUAAGUUUGUGCGUUGCGAUAUUAAGAGACCAGUCGACUUACGCAGUGUUUUGAUGUCGGUAUUUUCUUGUUUCGCGGUCCGUUCAAAGUGUUUUAGUAUUUCCAAAGUCCCCCGACGUCCCUAAGUGCUUCUGGACAACGACAAGAGAAUCCAACAACAAGAUGCUCAGACACGUGCUUGUCUUCUCGGCAGUUCUAAUCGUCUUCAAAAUUCGCCAAAUCUGGUCCUGCAACGAAGCAGUUUGCGGCAGCGUGGUCAGUAAAUGUCUGCUCACGAAGUCCUGCAACUGCGAAUUCAACUUCGAAAACAAUAACUGCACGUGCUGCAAAGACUGCAUCAACUGCUUGGGAUUUUUGUACAACGAAUGCUGCUCUUGCGUGGAUAUGUGCCCAAAACCAAACUCUACCAGCAGUCCCUUGAGCAAAAAAUCCCACAUCGAAGAUUUGGCGGAAUCUUCUGUGCCAGGUCUCUUCAACGUGCUUACCGAAUCCCCAGAUCCGAUGAACCGAUGGAACAGCACUACAUUUCCGAUCGACAUAGACAUCAACCUCUACGCCGUCAAAAAAGAGAUCAAACUGCACAUGCAGGGCGCCGAGCAAGAUGUGAUUCCCGUGAAAAACAAUAUAAUCACGAAGAACUGCACUGUCGCGUUUUGGUCGGAAUGCAUGAGCUGGGCAAAGUGCAAGUCCAACUGUCAAACGAUGGGCUCGUCGAGCUACAGGUGGUUCCACGACAGUUGUUGCGAGUGCAUCGGAGAGAGCUGCAUCAACUACGGUAUCAACGAAAGCAGGUGCACCAAUUGCCCAAAAGCCGACGAAAGCGAGAACGAAAUCGACGAGGAUGAUAUCGACUACGGUGAGGACGACGAAUUUGAGGAAGUUGACUGAACAAAUCUUCUCAAUCUUCAAUUCAUUUAACUCUUCCUGUUAAAUCACCCAGUUUUCUCUUAUUGGGUUUUUUCUUUCCCCAUCCUUUACUGCUAUCUAAGGCUGGACUUUGCCGCAGUCCUUUUUGUGUCUCUCUUCUUGUUUUUUUCAAAGAUACGGUUAAUUUACUGGUCUAAAUAGUUAUGCUUAGUAGUAAAAAAAUAUGUUUACUGACAAUAUUUUCAAAGAAGUUUAAAAGACUGCAGAUUUUUUACAUUUUGGUAAAGAUGAUUUUUUUAAAGCUAUUGAUUUUAAAUUUAGUGUCUAAUGCCAUAUUAACUUAAACUUUUCGUUGUAGGCUUCAUUAUAUGUAUAUAGAAAAUGUGUAAAUUUGUAUAAUAGUUAUAAUAAUCACUUAGCUUAAUGAUAAUGUUAACAAAAUCAACCAAAUAUGUUGGUAUAGUUUGUAUUUGAUCUUGAAUAAAUAGCCAGUCAUAUACAAAAUGUUAUAAACUUUUCGGCCAGCGAAAAGACAUUUACAAUAAAAAAACAAGGCGUAACGUUUUUUCUGUUCACAAAACCUACCCCCAGAUCGAAAACGGCGAC